AUGCAUGAGCUCGGCAGGAAGACUCGGUCCAAGACCGGCUGCCGCACGUGUAGAAUUCGCAAGGUUAAAUGCGACGAAGAGAAAUUGUUUGUCACUGGCCAGGAGGAGCCGCAAUGCAGGCGUUGCGCAGCGGCCCGGAUCGUGUGCGAGUGGAAGGGGGGCCCAAUUCCAAGGGGCCCAGCUAGAGGUCGCCCGGUGAAAAGACGGACAGACUGUCAGCCUGUUCCAUCCCCUGCACCUUCCCUAUCGCCCACAGGUGGCCCGGGGAAUAGUAUCCAAGCGGCCAACUCGCUCGUCUUGUCAGUCUUUGACCGUUCCUGCUUGAGUUACCUCCAGGAUUCCGCGCUGGUCGUGAUUCUUGGCAAGCACUGGCCCUGGUCCACUGUGUCUUAUGCGUACCACAAGAUCGCGGUCAAAGAGCCUAUGGUCAUGAGCAUGAUGCUCGCGACUACGUCUAGUGAGGUCAAUCGAUCGCGUCUGUACGACCGGGACAAGGCGGAGGGACAAGGCUCGAUUGAGAGCUUGUCCGACAUGGAUAGUAGGCUGCAUUACGGCCAAGCUCUCUCAAGCCUCCGGGAAGUGCUGAAAGAGGACGUCAAGUCCCCGGAACAGAUCGAAGCUAUCUUUAUAACCCUGUGGAUGAUGAUUGACUACGAAAAUCGCUUCGGGAGCGGGACGGCCGGGAUCAAUAUUCACAUCCGUGGUAUCAAGAGUUUACUCUUCAACCAUGUCGUCCCGUCACUUAAGCAGUUGGAACCUCCGUGUACCGCAAUGGCAGCAGGCUCAACAGGCGUAAUAUGUGGCCCUGCAGACAAGACUCCGUCUGAAAGCCUAAUCCAACGUCCGGUGCCACGGCAGGCCAUGGAACUUUCUAAGAGUAGGCUUCGACAGACAGCGGUACCUCUGUUUCUGCUUUGGACUUUGUACUUUUUCACCCCUGGCGCUUUGCUGUCUGGCCCCGGGGCUGCAAGGCUCGAUGCGGAUCUAUUUCGGUUCUUCAUGCAGGAAGCCGGAUGUGUGGGAAUGAGUCUGUCCGAACUCUACAGAAUUGGAAGACAAUCACCGUCUCGAUUCUGGGGGGAGACGUACCCCACGACAGCUCAGCUAGAUGAUAUGGAAAACCUCCCUGGCUUGACACUGUAUCACAAGAGCCAUGUAAUACAGUUCCGGAUUACAGAGUUGUUUCGACAAAGCACCCCCUCGGAGAAAACGUGCCAGGAUAUCAUUGAAGAACUCAUCAUGUUAUCGGAUGAAUACGACAUCUUGCUGGCCUCCGCCAAAUCCGCGCCCUCAUGUGAGAUUGUAGGCGACGGACGUCGCGUGAUGGAGACGGUCUUUUGGGCAUCCAUCACCUAUUACGGCACGAUUGUGUACUUUCACCUUUGCUUCAAGGAUCUUUUGGCCGAAGGAUUGCAACGUGCAGAUUUGAUGACUCUGCAUGACGCCGUUUGCCAGGUUUUGGAACUCUCCUUGAAGCUCCAUCGCAGCCGCCCGCACUUGAUGGUGCGGAUCAUCUGGCCUCUUUUUAUUGCAGGGAUUGCCACGGCCGACAGAAUAUACCAAGAUUGGGUGUCCAUCCGGCUGCACGAGCUCGGUCGCUAUGGGCUGAACUAUAGCCGGGUCAGCGCUCGCUUCGACGAGAUUAUCCAAGGAGGCGAUCCAUUUGCACACGGCCAGAGACCAUUAUGUGUAUAG